CUCAAAGUCCUGUCACUUGAAGCAGUGCACGUUUUCACAUUUGCUCGCCAUGGUCCUGUUCUUGGCUACCCUUUUUGCUGGUUUUUUUGCAUUUUCCUCAUCCCAAAGCGGCCCUGGCUUCUCUGGAGUGUGGCACUAUGUUGACCUGCCUGCAAUUCUGUGUCCAGGAGGUCCAGGAUUUGCCGAGUUUGUGAUCCAGAAGCCGGCAGGCGCAGACAAUGCGCCCCAUGUCUUCACGAUUUUCCGCACGACCAACAAUGCGAUGACGAUUAGUUUUAUGGCUCGUGGAUCGGCUGGUCGAACGAUUGCUGACCAGUCAGCAGGAAUAAACCUGCAGCCUGUGAGCCCAGGUCAAUAUGGCAGAAGACUUGCCAAUGGGACCAUGCCCACAAGAAAAAGCAAGGGAUCAAUGGCCAAGGGCACCGUGGAAAGCCAGGAAUUCUUGUCGAAACCUCGAAGGCUCUCGAGCCGUCGACGCUCAUCUUGGUCCUCAUCUUCUUCAUCCAGGAGGCGAUCCUACACGGAUUCCAGGAGACGCACCAGUGUCACGUCCUCACCCAGGCGACGUGCCGCCACCCUCUCGGACAGGAGGCGGAGCACGGUGGAUGAGUCUCGCAGACGCAUGACACCGGUCAUCACCGAUGCCUUUCGGAGAAGGAGUCCCUCGUUCUCCUCCUCUCGCCGCCGGAGCACCUUUACUAGCCAGGGUUUCAGCAACCCCGCUCAUCCAAACUUUGGGCAAUAUGGCUACGUGAACCAGAACUAUGCUUAUCAGAACUACGGCGGCCACAUGCCAAUGACCACACCAUAUGGCUAUUCUGGAGCAAAUGCUUAUCAAGGUAGCAGCGGCAGUGGCAUGAAGAUCGCUUUGGCUGGAGGUGCCGGCUUGCUGGCCGGCAUUGCUGCCAACCGAAUGAUGCAUCAUUGGGGUGGUUAUAGCCGGGAUCAAAUCAUGAACUCCCAGUGUUCUUCAGGCCACUGGCAAGGGACCUGUAGCUCUUGUGUUUCGCAGUACGGAGCCAACAGCUGCAAUGCAAUGCUACAACCCCAUUUCAACGCAGCACGAGAUGAUCUCAUGAACACCGGCUUCAUUCCGUCACAAGUCAUGUUCCCUUUGCAUGUGCGGGUCACUCAUGUGGCCGGGCCUGAGUUCAACCCGAUGCUGAUUUGCAACCCGCCGGCCCCAGGAAUGGCAAGUCCUCCCGUACCUCAAGUCUUUUUCGCAUUGACUGCGUUGCAGACAUACUCGGGCAGCCAGGGCAACCAGCCCUAUGCAGAUUACUCGCAGUAUGGCGGGUACAGCCCUGGUUAUGACCAGCAAACCAACAGAGGAAGCGUUAUCGGAUCGCUGGCAUCCACCUUGCUGCUGUGCUGCUGCUGUUGUGGCAUUGGAGCAUUCUGCUGCAUCAAAAAGGGCAAACUGGGAGGGGAUUCUUCAUCAGACGAUGAAAGCCUUGAGCUGUCGCACCAUGGCCAUCAGCCCAAUCCGUACUGGGAUCAGGCGCAACCUCAUACCACUAUUGGUGGGUCUGGUGGAUUUAUGGGGACAGCGGCACCAAAUGGGAAGCCUUGGUUGGAAUACUGCCGCGGAGGGGAACCUGAGAUCAGCUCCGGAAACUUCAUCGUGGGCCCAUGGGGUGAGUGCUUAGCUUGGGCGGUGAUCUAUGAGCAUCAGAACAAGUGGGAGGACGAUCCACAGUAUGAGAACCUUGGACCAGUUGGAGGCGUUAUCAGAGCCAUGAUGGAGCACGCUUCAGAUGACGAUGCCGAGGAUGUUCAGCAUGCAGCUGAAGAGCUUGAGGUUUAUUGUCAAGAGGCGAUCCGCCAAGGGAAGCCUCUUCCCGUCAUCAACCAAAGGGCCUGACAGACUGAACUGACGGCCAAAAAGCAACCGCUGGCUACCAGAAG